AGUGAGUUAAGUGGUUUUCCUGUAGCUCUGUGAGCUGUUAGAGUCGAGCGUCUCAAUGCUCUCACUUCACCUGCUGUUGGUGGAGAAAUGGCUCUGAUCAUUCUGCUCUUUCUCCAUCUGAUUCUGGAGGUUCAUCCUCAGUAUCUUCCUCAGCCCUUUCUCUCAGUGUUUCCUGCAGUUAUCACACAGAAUGGUUCAGUAAUGCUGGACUGUGGAGCUGAUAAAACUCUCUAUCAGUGUUAUUUCUAUCCAAAGGGUCAGGAUGAAAAUACUACACUCUCUUCAUCCUGUCAGCUCUCACUCACUGGAUCUGAGCUGAUGUGGUGGACAGGACGAAGCUCUGGUUCACCUGAACCGGUUAACAUGAUUUGUUUCUACAGUAAGAAAGCAACAGCAGGUUCUAGACCUUCUGAUCACUCUCUGCCAGUUGCUGUGUUGAUUCUGGAUCAGAAACCAACAAUAAGUUUACAAUAUGAUUUUCAACGUGAUGAGUUUACAGCUGUGUGUGAAAUACAGCUGUCACGGUCAGUAAUUGCUGAAUUUAGAUGUGAGCUCUACACUGGAGAUCUGCAGUUCCUGAAGGGAGAAUCUCAGAAGUCUGGUUUUGAGAAGUUGAACUGUAUUUUUACAGCUUCUAAAAAUGAUCUUUUCAGGCGUCUACACUCAGCCAAGAGCAGAGAAGUGAGCUGUGAUUAUUCUCUAAAAUCUCACCCGUCCACUCGCUCUCCAAGAAGUGACAAAUACGAUAUAUCAGUUGUCCUUCCUAUACCAACCCAACCCUCUACAACACAGCAGAAAUCUACUACAGCUCCUCCAGUUUCCUCCACACACAAGUCCACAAGUAAAGAUCCAACAACAUCUGUAGCGCCCAAUACAACGUGUUCUACCAGAGCACCUGAUAUAGCCCCUGUAAUCACCCAAGUCACUCAGCAGAAUCCAACAGAUCCUCCAAAAAAUGAGACAACAGCACGAACCAUAACUACAUUUACUACAUCUGUGAUUCCCACAUCCACAGGGGUUUUAAUCACUGAUUCUACAGGGACCAGGAAGAGAGAAAAAUCACCCGCAACAGGACUACUGUUAGUCACAGCAGUGUCAGUCACUGGUAUCAGUGUCUUUCUGGGUGGAGUGAUGAUUAUCGUGCUCUGCAGUUUUAUCAAGAAGCAGCAGAGCAGAAAAAGAUUUAAGGUCAACUCAAAAACUGGAGACCAAGUAUGGAUGUCAGCUAUGGUCAGUGCUCCGGAAUCCAGUGCAGAAGCUCCUGGAACAUAUUCAGUGAUUUCUCCAGCAGACGUAUUUUUCCAGCCAUCAGGAAAUACAACACCCAUUAAGAAUUGUGAUAAUUUUGAUCCACAGGCUGAGACAUACUCCGAGAUCACCCCAAUAGCAGCUCCACCUGAACGCUCAGGUUCCAGCAAAGCAAAAGAAAACUCAGGAUGUUCUGAGAGUGAUGUUUAUCACAUGUACUGCACCAUCCCUGACCUGCAUGUGACCCCCAUUCAGAAUGAUGCCGUCUACAGCCUGUUGCAGAAGCACUGAUCUAAUGUCUAAUGCAUUUCACACUAUUUAAACAAAUUCUUGUUAUAUAGUUAAUUCUUUGUGAAAUUAAUAUUGAAUAUACUAAUGUUCAUGUUAUUGUGCACUUGAUUCCUUUCACUUGUUUUUAAAUGCCUGUAAUACUGGGUUUUACCAUUAGAAAAAAAUUGUGUUUAUUACUGUUGUUAGUACUGUUAUUUAUGAUCUUUAUUGUACAAUGUUACCAUCAAACCUUACAUAACUUUUGCAUGAGUUUAAUAUAAUAUAAUAUAUAAAUACAAUACUGUUAUAUUGUAUGUAUCAUCUGGAAUAAAUCAUCUUACUUUCUGUGACUAAUAGUGGUUAUAUUA